AAAGCUGUCAAAUACAAAGCAAUAUACUUAAUAGUUAUUGAUAAUAAAAAAUAUGUCAUUUUCUAUAUAUAUUUUGAAAGUAUACAGUAUUAAUCAUGAGAAAUAGUUAUAUUAUAUAAAUAUAAACGAAAUACAAUGACAUGAGGUUAUGAUACAAGUUUAAUUCAUAGUGACUUGAAAUAUAUUUUGAUAAUUUAUUAUUUUUUUAAAUAAUAAAUAUUGAAAUAUGGCUCGUUCUUCGGUAUCAGCACAAUGUGAUUUAAUUGCAUCAUAUAUGGAUGGAGUUCAUGUUAAAAUUGCAGAAGCCUAUAAACCUCCAAGAAAAAUAUGUUUACCAGCUGCAUAUAAUAAUAAGUUACCAGACAUAUCGAAAUUAAGUUAUGACUUCAAUUUGGAAAAAUCAGUACUUGAAAAGAUGACAGAAUGGCGUAAUGUUAGACAAGCAAAUAGCAAAGCACGGCAUGCACGAUUAGAUGAGAAAAGAAAGAAACAAAAAAAUGAAUUUUCACCUCCACCACCACCUCCUUUGCCUGAUAUUACAAAGCCUAUAAAUGCACCUGUGCCUGAAACAACAAUUCUUACUCCACAGCCUUUAUCUCCACCUGCAAAUGAUCUUCAAGAUCAUAUAAAAGUAAAUGGUCUUGAUUUUGCUGAUUUUGAUAAUGAUACAAGCAGUCCAUUUGAUAAUUUGGAAUUAAAAACAAUUAAUGAAAUGGAAGAACUUGCUCAGGUAUUACAACCUACAUCUCAAUGGAUGCCAUCAGCAAAAUUAGAAAAUUUGUUAAAUGAUUUAACAAUUAAUAAUGAAUCAAAGUCUCACAUACAAGAAAAAAAUGAUGUCAAGAAUGAAAUAACUGAUCAAGAUGAAAUUAAUGAACAAGAAAAUAUGAAGCAUCGUAGUGUAUCUGCAAUUGUACAAGAACUUCAAAGAGAUUUAAAAAGACCUCAUAUGGAAGAUUGGAAGCCUUGGCCAAAUUUAGAAAAUCCUGACACUAGUAGUCAUGAUACAUUAAAGCAAGAAAAAGUAAUGGUAACAAAUCAAGUUGCUCUUAUGAAUCUAUUAUUAGAUUUGACAGAGGAAGAUAAAAAAUUGGCUCGGCAUUUGAACGAUAUGGGAUUUCCUUUAUCGAGAGCUGCUCGUGCUAUACGCGAUUUAGGUGGUCAAGAUAAUAAAAAAAUUGUAGAAUACUUAUUAGCUGUUCAAGCUUUAGAAGAAAUGGGAAUUUCUGGAGAAGAUGCUGAGAAAGCUCUUGCCCUUACAGAAUAUAAUCAAGAGAAAGCCAAAGUGUAUUAUGAAAAUUUAUGUAUUUUAAGAGAUUUAGGGUUUCCAGAAGAAAAGGCAUCCGUUGCACUUUUAAAAUGUAAUAUUGAUCGCGAUAGAGCUUUAGAUUUUCUUAUAACUUAAAUUUAGAAUUAUAUAAAAAAUAAUUGUUAAAAUUUUUUACAAAAAGAAUAAAUUUACUUAACAUGUAAAAAAA